CGUUGUGCUAUAGUGACCUAUAUUCUUUUUUUUUAAAUUUUGAGUGCGUUUCGUUCGCGUGUGACUGGCAGAAUACCACCAUGGCGCCAUCUAUGAGCGUAGCGGAGUACUACGCAAACAAGACCAUCUUCAUCACUGGAGCCACUGGUUUUAUGGGAAAGGUCCUCGUGGAGAAGCUGCUUAGAUCCUGUCCUGAUGUGAAGAGGAUUUACAUGCUGAUGCGCGGAAAGAAGGGGCAGAGUAGUGGAGAGAGGCUUGAGAGCUUCUUGAAGUGUAGGAUAUUUGACCGCCUCCACGAAGUGAGCCCCAAAUGCUUCGAGAAACUUCGCCUGAUCCCAGGAGACAUACUGGCUGAAGGCAUGGGCAUUUCAGAGGAGCAUCGUCAAGAACUGAGGAAUGAAACGCAGAUCAUCUUCCAUUGCGCCGCUUGUGUCAGGUUUGAUAUGCCGCUUAAGGACGCUACUGCCCUGAAUACUGGCGGGACCCAGCGCGUUUUGGACCUCACUGACGGGAUGUCACAACUCGAGGUAUUCGUCCACGUAUCCACAGCGUACUGCCGCUGUGAGCUGCCCGUCUUGGAGGAGCGAGUGUACGAGACCAAACACAGACCGCAGGAAGUCAUGAAGUGCGUGGAAUGGAUGGAUGAUGAGCUCAUCACGCAUUUACAACCUAAGCUGAUCGACCCGCAACCAAACACGUAUGCGUACACAAAAUCUCUGGCAGAAUCACUAGUAGCGCAGUAUGAAGGAAAAUUCCCUAUCGCUAUCGCGAGGCCAUCUAUCGUGACAGCAGCCCACAAGGAGCCCAUGCCAGGCUGGGUGGACAACCUGAACGGGCCCACAGGCCUUCUGGUGGGCGCGGGGAAGGGUGUCAUUAGAACUAUGCACUGUAACGACGCGCUUAAGGCAGACGUCAUUCCAGUGGACUUUGUCGUUAACGGGUGUAUCUUGGUGGCUUAUAACACGGGCGUUAAUAAACCAAAAGAAGUACAAGUGGUGAACAUAACGGAAUCGGGAAGGAACCCACUCACGUGGGGAGCAGCGCUUGAUAUGGGUCGUAUCCACGUCCAAGAGUUCCCCUUCUCCGUAUGCCUCUGGUACCCCGGCGGCUCCCCCAAGUCCUCACUCGUCUUGCAUCAAAUCGCGCUACUCUUCACCCACAUCAUUCCCGCCUACCUCGUGGAUCUGCUGCUGAUGAUGCUGGGAAAGAAGACCUUCAUGGUGCAAAUACAGAAACGUAUUAGUUACGGGCUCGAAGUAUUGCAGUAUUACACGACCAAGGAGUGGCAUUUCAAGAACGACAACUUUGUGGCGCUACGGAAAGUCAUAUCUAAAGAGGAUGAUGAGACGUUCUAUACUGAUAUUAAGAUGAUCAACUGGAGUUCCUACAUCAGAGACUAUAUCUACGGCGCUCGCCAGUACUGCUGCAAGGAGGACCCUUCCAGCUUGCCACAGGCCAGGAAACUGCAGAAACAAUUGUACUACCUCGACAGAGUCACAACUAUAAUCAUCUACUCGCUCUGCGCGUAUUUCAUAUACUAUUAUGUUAGGAUGUUUGUAUCUGUUAUGUUUUAGAAAAAAAAUAUUAUUUAUUUAAUAAUAUACUCAUGUCUUAUGUAGAAUUUCAGUAAGUAAUGAUUUUUAAUUAUCCGUCCAUUUAUUGUAACUAUUAAGGUUACAAAUCAUUGGUACCGAGCUCACAAAAUAACAAUUAUUUGAUAAUAUAUUUUUUAAAUUGUGUAUCUGUUUCAAAUGUAGUAUUUAAGUUAAAAAUGAAUUGGCCAAUCAAUCUGUUAAUUGUAUUAAAUAUUACUUGGGAAGAUCGAGUCUAUGUGAACAUUCCAUUUUUUAACUUUUUCUUUCGAAAAAGUAAAUAAUAAUUGUAUCUGGUCAUUAUAGCAUAGC